UUCAGUUUGAAUUCAGCUUUGGAGUUUAUUGUUUAAAGCUUUUAUUUAAAGAUCGUCAUUAGGUGACUUAGGACUGAGUUUUCGGAUAAUGUUUGUACAUUUGGUUAUUUGGAAGCAAAAGAAGCAAUCUACUCUAAAUGGGAAUUGUAUGAACCUUAUAAAUUGGCUUUGGCGGAGUAUAAGGAUAAGCAUGAACGGCGGAUGCUGGCGGAGGCGAAAGCUUGGGAGGCUGGAAAAUCUCUUAUUCAUGCGAAAGCCAAGGAGUUAAAAUCAGUUGUCCUGGAUGAUGAGUUGACCCCCAGCUACGCCAAUCCAGUCGAGGGUCAGGAUCAUGAGUCGGAGACUGUAAAGACAGAGAGUAGGUAUAAGGGUGGAUCCCAGCUGCCCUGGGAGAACUUCCAGAGCGCGUUCCAGCACGCCAUCUACCUCAGACUUGCGGAGAAGCGCGCCUUAUACCAGAAAACCCUGGAGAGCGCACGAAUUCAAACGAAAUACGGCAAAGCAGCAGAAAGGAAGAUUUUCGAGAUUAAAGAUUCUAUUCAGAAUAAGUAUCUGGAAGGACUGGAGAAGUUUAAAGACGAUUUGUAUCAUUUGUGGUUGAAAGGCGAGGAUAUAAAAGCUAACAUGAAGAAGGAGAUGGGAUCUGAAGAUACUCCUGAAGAACUCCCUAAACUACCUGGAAGACAGCAGGACCUGGAGAAUGAAUAUAUACGACCAGAUCAUGAAAUGAAUUUUAUCAGAUGAGUAUACUGUUACCACUACCAGAGUCGAGAAUGGAUCAAAAUAAUUUUUGUGAAUAACAGAAAUCAUGAAAAUUUUAUUGCAUUAACCAUCAUUUUUACUGAUGAAAAUAAUUAUUUCUAUUAUGUAUUUCAUGUAAAUGAUAUUUCUGUGAAAAUGUGAUAGUUUAGACUUGUGAUAUAUUAGAUAAUGAUAAUAAAAUAUAAUAUUUAGCAGUGAAGUAA